AUGGCUACCGCCGUUUCGACCAAGCCCAUGGCACAUCCGGGCAAGAUGAAGCGGCCCCCUCCCCCAGCCUUCGUACAGUCUGGCGCCAACAGCUCCCGGCCGGCGCAAACGAGUUCCUCGCCUGUUUCCACUUCUACGAACCGGGUGGGAAAUAUAAAACCAUUUGGAGAUUUUUCACUAUCUGGUGCUGCGGUGAAUGGAACCAGUGGCCGGCCGGUGGCGAAGGUAAACGGAGAUACAUCGCAGAAACCGCAGGACCCUUCGUCACGGCUACAGCGUCCAUCAACUAGGCGCUAUGCCAUGGCUAAUGGCGGCGCAGACGGUAAACAGACCAAGAAACUUGUAGAGCCAUAUGUCAAAACUACUACUUACAUCUUGAAGAAAUUUGCAAAAUUUCCGCCUUCUUUGACCAUCCAUCUUCACCCAACUCAUUUUCGGUUUGAUAAGCAAGAUGGUAGCUUUCCGUAUAACUCGGAAAUGAAAGUGGUCAUUGAACAUCUUAAGGAUGGCACAGUGCCGCAUGAUAUGAUGGAAGAGCUUAUUAUGGGGAAUGUGCGGUUCUAUGAAGGGUGCUUAAUCGUCCGAGUUAUUGACCAUAGAUCCCCUUCCGCUGAACCUGCCCCAGUCACCAAAGCGUCAUCCGGGCAGAAACUUAUUCCAUUCUCCAUCCAUAACUACAACGAACACAUGACACCCUCUUCUUAUGUUCCAUAUCCUAAGCAGAGCCAGACCAGUGCCAACGCCGCCAAUAGUCAAUCUACCGCAGCUGGCCAGGCUGCACAGCCAGCUACAUCUUCCGAAUCAACCGAAGUUUCGGAAUCCAGCAAGCCUAAAGCGAAGCAACCCUCGUCCGCAGAAUUCUCCAAUGGAACGACUACAGGGCCCAAGGUUUUCACCACUGUCUUACACCCUACCCCACGCUCUCUACAAGCCGAGCUCACUAUCCUAUCCAUGAUUCCUGACCCUCGAUCCUCUCAAAGACGCCAAUCUCAGGGGCUCAAUGGCCCCCGCACUUCAACAUCUAGCUCGCUUGCUCCACCCUCCACUCCGCUGUCUGCAGUCGCUCCCUCCUUGGAGCGGGGACAUCCAGCAAAGCGCCAGAAGAUGCUGGUUGAGCCACAUGAACUUCCAGAAGUUGAGUCAAAGCUGAUUCUUGCUACUGCGCCUCCGUUAUAUCUCGAACCGGUUGACAGCCUAGAGGCUAGCCAACGGCUCCUCAAACUCCUAGAAUCACCUUUGCAUUGUCACAAGCCGCCUUCGCCGAAGACCAGAAGACGCACUGUUGCAGAGCUUGCCGCCGACGAAGCUUUGGCCGCCGCGGAGGAACGCUUCAUGCUUAUCAUGGACGAACGACUCGAACCGGCAAUUUCAGGUGGUGCGAAUGCUGCUAAAUCGGCUGUAGUUGAUGGAGAUGGAGGUGCUGUUCCAUUCGAGCCGAGAUUCUCGAGAUUCAAAACCCUCGAAAAUAUCCGCAGCCAGCACGAAGAAAGAGCUAGAAGAGAGCACGAGCGAAAGCUACAGCAGGACCACGCGAAAAGACAACAACAGGAAGCCGAGCGAGAGAAGCGUCGGCAAUUUGAACAACGUCAAGCGGAAAGCCAGACUCAGGACGAUGCCCGUCGGCAACUCUAUGCCCAACAGGCCGCUCAGUCACAGGCUCAAGCUCAGGCUCAGGCUCAGGCGCAGGCGCAGGCACAGGCACAGGCACAGGCACAGGCUCAGGCUCAGGCUCAGGCUCAAGCUCAGGCUCAGGCUCAGGCUCAGGCUCAGGCGCAAGCCCAUGCCCAUGCCCAAGCCCAAGCUCAGGCGCAGGCUCAGGCACAAGCCCAGUCUCAACUCCUCGCCUCUCAUAACAUGCGGCCAACGUCCCAGGGGAAUUCAGGCAUCCCAGUCACACUUCAGCAGCAACAUAUCAUAUCUGCUUCGCAAGCUCCCCAUUCUUCACCCAUUGUUCGAAACCUCACUCCUCAUGCUCCUUCGCCUCAUGUUAUGAACCAAGGUGUGCCCAUGGCGAUGACCAGCUCUGCGCAAGGCGCAGGAAGCCCCAUGGCAGCCUCCUCGAGCAUGCAACAUGGCCACCCAGCCCCUAUGGGUCACCCAAUGGCUGCCACUCGUAGCCAACAGAGCCACAGCGCCCACGGCACACCCCAGAUGACACACGGAACCCCUGUAAUGCAUGGAACUCCGGUAAUGCGAAAUAUCACCCCAACUCAGCGAAUGGCUCACCCUAGCCCCGACGUUUCCACGAUAGCCCAAACGCCGGUCAUGACGCAGGCAAUGGUCAACCCGCCUAUGAACGGAACGAUGAUGACACCCCAAAUGAUACAGCAACGACAGAAUGCACUUGCAGCGCAGCGCAAUCUCAAUAACCAACAGCUUGCACAGCAACAUAUGUCUCAAUUCCAGGCGAACACCCUCGCACAGCAAGGAAUGCAUCAACAGAUGAUGGCAGGACAGCAGCAGCAGCCAGGCCAUCCAGGUGCCCAGAUGCAAAAUUCUUACCAAUCCAGCCUCAUUCAAGCGCAGCUAGCUCAGAUGCAGGCCGCCCAACAAGGGCAGCAAAGACCAUUGCCUCAAAUGACUCAGCAACAAAUCAUGGCUGCUGCCGCUGCCGCUGCAAACGGUCAGAACCGCCAAAAGAUGGCGGUCAGCCUCCAGUACAAGCAGUUGUAUGAGUAUCAUCUUGCGCGUUUGCAGGCUGAGAUGGCCCAGAGGGUCAUGCCUCAGUACGGCCCACCUUCAAAUUACCCGCCUAAUAUCAAGCUACAAUACGUUAAUGGGCUGGGCAAGAUUGCUCAAAACCAUGUUAAUGAUAUCAUGCGAAGGGAAGCCGAGUCCGGAAAAAAUCGCGCUGCCACACAAAUGGCUAUAGCCAGAGCGCAUGCUUUCCAACAGCAGCAACAGCAGCAGCAACAACAACAACAACAACAACAACAACAACAACAACAACAUCAGCAGCAGCAGCAGCAGCGAAACAAUAUGUCAUAA